AUGGCUACGGAAGCUGACGAGCUAAUACUAAGUGCCAACCUCCCGAGAACACGAGACUUGAGUUUUGUUGGACGGUUCCACCAUAAUUAUGGCUUUGAAGAGAAGCAAUUCGAAUAUUUACUUCAGCAGAAGGACCUUUGGGGCGAUAAGCUCUUCUACAUCAAUGAGGUUCCAUUCAAGCAGGCUGUCGCUAAUGGCCAACAUCACGUCAGGCAGGUUCCUGAAGUGACGAGUGAUGAAUUGAGUUUUCCGAAAUUCGAAGGCUCUGAGGUCCUGGAGAGUGAUUAUAAGGCUAGGUUUGGCUGUGACGAUCCAAUAGAUAUUAACUUCACCAGUUCCCAGAAAGAAAGUAAAAAGGCUCUUCGGUACGGCGAAGCAUUGAACUUAAAGGAGCUAUAUAAAAGGAAUGCAAUUGCCUUGAAUGUCGGUGGGAUCGUAACGGCAAUGAAAUGGCUCCCAUAUGGUUCUCUUUUAGCUGUUGCGGUUGCUUACCAUAAGGAUGGCUUAUCGAAGGCCAUUACAAGUCCGUCGAUGCUGAUAUUCCCUCAUAAUCAAGACAAAUCUGAUGUGUCAUCUUGUAUUCAAUUUUGGAAGUACGAUCUGGGGAAAAAUUCAUUAUCCUUGCGUAAGGUGCUUCUUACGUCAAGUUUCGGUACCUCAUCAACUAUUAACUGGCUUCCAUUGAAAGUCCGGGAUGGCAAUAUGGGCGUUCUUUCUGCAUUGUUCUCAGAUGGUAAAGUCCACUUUUUCAGAAUUGAUCUACCUGCUACUGGCACGCAGUAUAUUGAAGUAGCCACUGCUUCAUGGACAAUUGCCAUGACUGACGAAAGAGACAACAACAGCCACUUACCCAUUACUACAUAUGACGUCUUUGAUGAGACGAAGAUAAUUGUUGGCACUUUAGAUGGUGCAAUUGCUGAAUUCGUCCUUCCUGGCUCUGACGAGCAACCAGAAGUGCCAUCAUUUGUGGAAUAUGUGGUCGAUUCUGCUAUCAGCACUGUUACUGUUGCCCCCGUAUUUAACGGGCACGUUCUUUUGAUUAACACUACUACAACAAGAUCAUUUGCAAUACUUUAUGAAAAUAUAAGGCAAAGCAGAGUCGAAACAGCAUAUACUAUCCUGUCUUUGCAACCCCGAUACCACAGAGGGUUACGCAUCUUUGUUUAUCCUGACUCUGCUGAAAGUAUAGGGUACUCCUUUGCAAGACAUCCUCAUCAAAAGCAUAGCUUGCUUCUCAGAACAGAAUAUAUUUCUAGCUUUCACACAAGCGAGUACCUCGACCAUCCCUUUGCGUUGGUUGGCAACGUUGCGGGAGAUUUAUAUGUGAUCAACAUCGCUCGAAAGAUCUUUGGUGUGCCAAAAGCACACAAUAAGUUAAUUGUUCCGUUGAAGGUAUGGUCUGUUUCCCUAGAAGAUGAUAGACAAACACUAAGGCUUUCUGGAGACUACAUGCCCACUACAGCAGAUAAGUCUGACGUUGCAUAUUCCUUCACCCCCGCUGAAAUUGGUAUUUCAGCUUGCGCAUGGAUUGAAGAUUUGGAUGGCAGCUCAGCGUACGCUAUGAGCACAUACUCUGGUCUCAUGAUCUUGGAGAGAUUAGAUCCUCAGUUGACUUAA